AUGUUUGCUUUCAUCUUUAGCAAUAUGGCAUUGCGAAGUCUAGUUCUCGCGUGUAAUUCGCCCAGUACUUCUUCGAGUGUCUCGGGACACUACCGGUUGAGUUUGUAUCUGCUCACUAUUGCUGGAGUUGUGUUCCGGUCUGAACUGGCUAUCCUGGUCGCCACUAUCACUGUGUAUCUGUUUCUCACUCGCAAGAUAUCGAUCGUCAGCGUCAUCAUUCCAGCCGGCAUUGGAGGUCUCAUCGUCGGUCUUAUCUGUACAGUACCUCUGGACUCUUUCUUUUGGCAAUCAUUUCCCCUGUGGCCUGAGUGGACAGGUUUCUACUACAACACUAUCCAAGGAAACUCGGCUAAUUGGGGUGUCUCGCCAUGGUAUUUCUACUUUGCAAAUGCACUGCCGCGACUCAUGCUUAACCCUAUAACCUACCUGGUCUGCAUACCCAUUGCUGUUUCGAACCCUGCAAGCCAAAGACGAAGCCUUGACCUACUCAUCCCUCUACUCAGCUUUGUGGCGAUAUACAGCUUUCUUCCCCACAAAGAAUGGCGUUUUAUUCUCUACGUAAUACCAGGAUUGACGGCAGUAGCGGCGGAUGGAGCAGCCUGGGUUUGGACUCGACGAUCUAAGUCUAUCAUAUAUGCUUUCCUCAGCUUGGCUCUUGUAGGAUCAGUCUUCGUGUCAUUUGCUGCAUCCACAGCCAUCCUGGGUAUUUCUAGUCUCAAUUACCCCGGAGGAGAGGCUCUACACGAUUUACACAAACGGAUGGAUCACCCGCACGAUAAACACUUUAACGUAUAUUUUGACAACCUUGCGUGUCAAACAGGCGUUACACGUUUCCUGGAGAGCCACAGAGGCCCGCAGACAGUACUCGAUGUUCUCGAAGAGCAAAAUGUCCUGCAAAGCCGAACAUGGGCCUAUGACAAGACUGAGGAUCCGAGCGCGCUAUUGGAUCCAAUGUUCUGGACAAAAUUUGAUUAUGUUCUUACCGAGAAGCCGGAGAGGAUAAUUGGAGCUUGGACUAUUAAACAUGUGGUGUACGGCUUCGGGGGGGUCAGGCUUCUGAAGCCAGGGGAGGAGAGCAAAGAUGAAUCCGAGCCUAUGUACGAGGGGAACGGACCAACUGCUGAUGUGCAAGUUGACUGGACUUCCAAAGUUGGAGCAGAAUGGUAUCGAUUGGAAGGGCGAUUGAGAAACAAUUUGUUGAGGGGUUACUGGCCCAUGAUAUGGAUGCAGCCAAAGAUCUAUAUUCUGGAGAACAUCUACCACCUGAAGUAG